CGACGCGUCCUCAAACCGCAGAUACGGCUGAGCAUUUGUACGUAGAGAGAGAGAGAGAGAGAGAGAGAGAGAGAGAAUGGAGGUAGUAAACGUGCUAGCUCAGCAUCCAUGGCCGUCCCGACUUUCUUCUCUCUAUAAAUACCGCCACCAGCAGCAGCAGCAGCAGCAGCAGCAGCUCUCCUUCUCAUUCUCUCCUCUCUCCUCCAAACACUCCAAACCUCUCUCCCAAAUGCCUCUUUCCACUUCUCCUUCCAAAUCAUCCUUUCUUCCUUCAAACCAUAGCAGUUCUUGGCUGCAACACACAUCCGUAUAUCAUGAUACUGCCACCAACAAUGGACACCGGCUGGGGCUACUGCAUUCGGUGUUCCCUACGUCGCCCGCAGUCGUUUCCUCUGUGCAGGACCUUUUCGAUUUCAUAUGCGCAGGCCCGCUGAUAGAAAAAUUGGGCUUGACUCCAAACAAGGUGUCGGCGAGCAUUGACAGGUGGUUAGAGUGCGGGCUCUACUUGUGCAGAUUAUUUAGAUUUAGCGAACUGAACUUGACGACACCUCAGAAGGCUAGAUUAUAUCAGUAUUAUAUACCAGUGUUUUUCUGGUGUGAGGAUCAGAUCUCACAUCACAAGUCCAAGUUUAAAGAUGGAGAUGAGGUCCCUCCUUUAGUGAUUGGUUUUAGUGCUCCUCAAGGUAGUGGGAAGACUACACUUGUAUUUGCCUUGGAUUAUCUUUUCCGUCUCACUGGAAGGAAACCUGCAACGAUAUCAAUAGAUGAUUUUUAUCUGACAUAUGAGGAUCAGGCUAAGCUGAGAAAUGAAAAUCCAGGAAAUUCUCUUUUAGAGCUCCGGGGCAAUGCAGGAAGCCAUGAUCUUCAAUUCUCGAUUGAUACACUGACAGGAUUAAAAAAACUAACUAAAGAAGGAAUGACGAUGAAGGUUCCACGUUAUGAUAAAUCGGCGUAUGGUGGGAAGGGUGAUAGAGCAGAUCCUUCAACAUGGCCAGAGGUUGAAGGACCACUAGAGGUCAUUUUGUUUGAAGGUUGGAUGCUUGGUUUCAAACCUAUUCCAAAUGAAGUCGUCAAAGCAGUUGACCCACAGCUUGAGCUUGUAAACAAGAACCUUGAGGCUUACUAUAAUGCCUGGGAUAAGUUCAUAGAGGCAUGGAUAGUUAUCAAGAUCCAGGAUCCAAGUUGCGUCUUUCAAUGGCGAUUGCAGGCGGAGGUUGCCAUGAGGGCAGAUGGUAAACCUGGCAUGUCGGAUGAGGAGGUGCUGGAUUUUGUUUCACGCUACCUGCCUGCGUACAAAGCAUAUCUUCCGACUCUCUACUCAGAGGGGCCAAACGGGUCAGAUCUGGAGCAUCUUCUUGUCAUCGAAAUUGAUGAAGAGAGGAAUCCAUCUUAAGUAGCUGAUCACCAUUUGAUUAUAAUCAAUAUUAAGCAUUUUUUUUCUUCAACAUGUAAUUGAUUAGGUUGUUGUUCCCAUCUAUGGAAUAAAUAAUUGUGUUUAGGAAUUCGGUGUAAAUGUAAUGUCAGCAAGAUAUACUAAAUGAAAGGAGAAAUCUCCAUCACUUCUCUGUUUUCA